AUGAUAGUUAAGGUUCAAGCAAGUGGUGAAGAUAGGCAAUUGGGAGCAUUCUCAAAACAUGAUUGGAGUGAUAUUAGGAAGCAGUAUUAUAUGAGGUUCUGGUUGAAACAUAGUUUGAAGGCAUUUAAAAACACAUUUACUAAGUUGAAGGAACGGUACAAAUAUCAUGAGAAACUUGUGGAAGAUAAUACUAGGCUAGGAUGGGAUCCUAUUUUGUGUACGGUAGAUGCCUCAAAUGAAUGGUGGGAUGACCAUGUGAAGAAAUUUCCACGAGAUAAGGUGUUUGGUGUUUCCGGUUGUCCCGAAUAUUCGAAGUUAGCGAUGAUAUACGGUGACACAGUGGCAACGAAAAAUCUUAGACAAACGCAAAAUGGUAGUUUUGAUUCUUUGGAUGGCGAAGAUGAGACAAAUAUGUUCGAAGAAGAUGUUCCCCAAGCUAGUCUUAUACCACCGUUACAUGGUAGUACACAAAUUUCUAGUAACAAUGGUGUCGCCAGUGAUGUGAAUGAUGGAAAUAUGGAUAACCAAUCUCAUUCACAAAAAUUUCCACAAGAUAAGGUGUUUCGUGUUUCCGGUUGUCCCGAAUAUUCGAAGUUAGCGAUAAUAUAUGGUGACACAGUGACAACGGGAAAUCUUAGACAAACGCAAAAUGGUGGUUUUGAUUCUUCGGAUGGCGAAUAUGAGACAAAUAUGUUCGAAGAAGAUGUUCCCAAGCUAGUCCUACACCACUGUUACAUGGUAGUACACAAAUUUCUAUUAACAAUGGUGUCGUAA